UUCCUGGAACAGCAGCUGGGAAAAAAAAAUCACCAGCGGUCUGUUUCAAGUCCCCCAAUAGAAACUGUGCCUGAUUUGUGGCCAAUGUUGGAGAUGUAAAAAAAAAACGGAGGAAAAAAAAACACUAAGGGGGUAGCUAUGGAGAUAGGACGUUUUCCUGGCUGCUUUCUUUGACAGGUGUUGAGUGGGGUAAAAGUCUUAAAACAGAAUCCAGCAUGUACGCCAAAGGAAAAGGAGCUGUCGUCCCUUCCGAUAGCCAAGCGAGAGAAAAGUUAGCUUUAUAUGUGUACGAGUACUUACUGCACGUUGGAGCACAGAAAUCAGCACAGACCUUCCUGUCGGAGAUCCGAUGGGAGAAGAAUAUCACGCUAGGAGAGCCCCCAGGAUUCCUGCACUCAUGGUGGUGCGUAUUCUGGGAUCUGUACUGCGCGGCUCCAGAUCGACGGGAGACCUGUGAGCAUUCCAGUGAGGCGAAGGCCUUCCAUGACUACAGUGCCGCCGCCGCCCCCAGUCCGGUGAUGGGCAACAUGCCCCCUAACGACGGCAUGCCCGGCGGACCCAUGCCCCCUGGCUUCUUCCAGGGCCCUCCCGGCUCCCAGCCAUCGCCUCACUCGCAGCCUCCACCGCACAACCCCAGUAAUCCAAUGAUGGGGCCCCACGGCCAGCCUUUCAUGUCCCCCCGGUACCCAGGUGGACCCCGCCCCUCGCUCCGCAUGCCAAAUCAGCCACCAGUAGGAGUCCCAGGCUCUCAGCCGCUCCUCCCGAACAGCCUGGACCCCACCAGACCACAGGGACAUCCGAACAUGGGCGGCCCAAUGCGAAUGAACCCCCCCAGAGGCAUGGGCAGCAUGGGCCCACAGAACUACGGAGGCGGGAUGAGGCCCCCGCCUAACUCUCUUGGGGGGCCCGGCAUGCCCGGGAUGAACAUGGGUCCAGGAGGGCGAGGUCCUUGGCCUAAUCCCAAUGCUAAUUCGAUAGCGUACUCUUCUUCAUCUCCGGGCAACUACGUGGGUCCUCCUGGUGGCGGUGGCCCUCCAGGAACUCCCAUCAUGCCCAGCCCAGGAGACUCAACGAAUUCCAGUGAAAAUAUUUACACAAUGAUGAACCCCAUUGGACCCGGGGGCAACAGACCUAGUUUCCCCAUGGGUCCAGGUCCCGAUGGUCCGAUGGGAGGAAUGGGAGCCAUGGAGCCUCAUCACAUGAAUGGAUCACUAGGUUCUGGUGACAUGGAUGGGUUGCCAAAGAACUCGCCUAACAACAUGGCAGGCAUGAAUAACCCCCCCGGGACCCCGAGAGACGAUGGAGAGAUGGCAGGCAACUUCUUAAACCCAUUCCAAAGUGAAAGUUAUUCACCCAACAUGACGAUGAGUGUGUGAUUUUUUUUUUUCUUUUUUUAAUUUUAUUUUAUCUUUUAUUUUUUUCCUGUUUAUUAUUUUAUUUACCCCCCCCCACCACCACCACCACACGACACCCACCUCCUCCCAUAUCGCUCCACCACUCGUUAUCCGCCCUGCCCCAUUCCCCGGCCUUGGAUAUCAUGCUGUGCCGCACAGCCCCCUGGGAUGCUUCUGGAAUGCAGGACUCGUGUCAAGGCCGCCCAUCCCAGCAUGUGCAAAGUGGCUGGCGACAGGACACCGUCACAGAGCCACGGGAAGAGUCUCCUUUUGCCCCCCCCACCUUUGCUUGCCUGGCUUCCUUACUGGCCCAGGACAGUGAGGGCGGAGGGAGUUCUUGCAGUGAGACACUGAUCAGCAUGAAGCUGGUGUGUCUCUCUCUAUUUUUGUUUUAUUAUACUUUUUAAAUGGUUUUGCACAGUAGCUGAGUGGCUAAGUUAUGCUUUGCCAUCCAGCUACUAUGUACAUUUAAAAUGAAAAUAGAACUUGUGUUACUUUAGAUAAGACCGGCUGUCAAUAUUCAAUGUGUGUAUUUUAUUGCUAAUAUUAUUAUUGUUAUUCUUCUGUUUAUCAUUAAUGGUGUUGCAAUGGUUUAGUUCAAUUUCUUGGAUUUUUCUGUCAAGGGCACAUUUUUCGGCAUCAUCUGCAACACAAUAAGCACAUUCAGUUUGCUCAACAACCCUUCUGUUUACACGAUUAUGGUGUGUUCUGUGUCGUCCGCUCUGUUAAACGUCUCCAUUUCGUACUUUGUUUACCCCCCCUCCCAUCUGGAAAACACUGCAGUGAACGUGGGAGAAUAGUUACAGGUGAAAUUAUUGCAUAUUCCCAGUGGCCAUGCGCCAUCUCACCAAAGUGUUGAUUUCUCUAGUUAAAUCAGGUAGUACAGCCCCUUUUGAUGCUGAACCACCCGUGUCUGAGAACUUCAUUUUCAUCCUGCAAGACACUGAUCAGAAACUGUCCAAUGCUCCUUCAAGACCAGAAGAAAACCAAACAAACCUGUACGAUUCACCAAAAAGCACUGAAAACCAAGCUUUUUAUUUUUUAUAGUAAUAAUUAUAUGCCAAUAAUUUGCGUAGAAGUUGAGCUUCCUCCCCACCAGCCUGCAUUUGUGUGUAAAUGUGUAUAAAUGUCUUUUGUGUUCAGUUGACCACUGCCAAGCUGAUUGGCAUUGAAUAGCUGCUUGUAUGCUGCCAUAUCACUGCAGAGUAAGGCGAGUUUGGCCUGUAACUCCUGCUGUAUGUACGUACACCCAGACACAUAGAGGUCCAUCUUCAGCCACAGUGUGUUCUAGGGGGCGCUGUGUCUUUUCAGUUCAGAGGUCCGUGUUUCCUCUCUGCUGUACGUGUUCUUUCGCCGGACUGUCUGUUACAUAGGACAGGUCCCUCGCAUCCUGGAGUCUGGAAAUUGGCUGGUUCCUUGAAGUAGUCAGGUGCUCACCAGUGAGAUGCAGAACAGUCCGUUCGAACCCAGUAUCUGUAGCUUGGAAGGGAAGGAACAGCUCCAUCGGGCAUCACUGUCUUUGCUUCACUGGGCUCUGUAGUGCAGUGUCUCCUAACCUGGUCCCCGGGGAGCCCCAGACAGCCCACAUAUUUGCUCCUACCAGGAACUGGGAGGAAGCAAAAAUGUGGACCGGCUGUGGUUCCCUGAGGCCCGGGUUGUGAAACACUGCUUUAGUGCUUACAGCUCCAGUCUGGAAUGUUUUAGCUGUUGGGAAUAUUUGGUCUGAGGUGGAUCAUUAUUUCUCAUUUGCUUUUCCUGCUCCAGUUCCUGCAGGGAAGAUACUGUCUGCAAAAACCGUUUUUAUGUUUUUACUGGUCUGGUUCUCUGUAAUUUUCAUCUUUGUCCUUUAAAUAUUGUAUAUUCACUCUUUACAAACGUGUGGUUUGUGUCGUCUCCAUUCUUGUUGGAGCUUAGGCCGGUACGUGCACACGUUCGCCGCUCUUUAAGGGUCAGUGCUCCGCGACGCAGACAAUUGCGUGUGAGAAAUCAGCCUCCAUGUUCCGUUAUUGUGGCAGCAGCCAUCACCAAUAGGCCCGACGCACUUCUGCCUGCGGUCCUCCAUCACACCACAUCACAAGCCCACGAAUUCACAGCCAUGAAAUUGUGCUUUUCUGUAUCAAGGCCCCGCCAUUCAAUUCUAAAAAUUAAAAGUUAAUGUUCUUCUUAGGUUCUUUUCUAUUUAUUUAUUUAUUGCUAUUAUGCUUUUUUGAUGUCAAAUGGAGCGUCGUCACAGUAAUGCAGUGACUUGCGGCUGUCCCUCAAAGGCUUUCUUGGUUGUUCCCUCAUUCUGAGACAUGGCGGUGUACAGACAUUGGUUUUUCAGCUCCUAGACGGCUCUGUCAUUGGUAAUACACACUACGAAUCAAGUGCUUUCUUCCCAUACUCAAGUGUUCAUUACCGGUCUGUAAUUUUUACAUUUCAAACUGAUGCAAAGUCUCCGUUAUCAUUGUCACCCUUGUGGUAUGCCUUGUGCCAUGCCCUCACUUCUUCCACAGUCAUCCUGUGUAGUUUCAGAUGUAUGGUACCCGGGGGCACAGUUUCAGAUGUAUGGUACCCGGGGACGCAGUUUCAGAUGCGUGGUACCCGGGGACGCAGUUUCAGAUGUGUGGUACCCAGGGACCCAGUUUCAGAUGUGUGGUACUCGGGGACACAGUUUCAGAUGCGUGGUACCCGGGGACACAGUUUCAGAUGCGUGGUACCCGGGGACGCAGUCUCUGGUGCGUGGUACCCGGGGACCCAGUUUCAGAUGCGUGGUACCCGGGGACGCAGUUUCAGAUGCGUGGUACCCGAGGACGCAGUUUCAGAUGCGUGGUACCCGGGGACCCAGCUUCAGAUGCAUGGUACCCGGGGACGCAGUUUCAGAUGCGUGAUACCCGGGGACACAGUUUCAGAUGUGUGGUACCCAGGGACACAGUUUCAGAUGUGUGGUACCCAGGGACACAGUUUCAGAUGCGUGGUACCCAGGGACACAGUUUCAGAUGUGUGGUACCCGGGGACACAGUUUCAGAUGCGUGAUACCCGGGGACGCAGUUUCAGAUGUAUGGUACCCGGGGACGCAGUUUCAGAUGUGUGGUACCCGGGGACACAGUUUCAGAUGUAUGGUACCCGGGGACACAGUUUCAGAUGCGUGAUACCCGGGGACACAGUUUCAGAUGUAUGGUACCCGGGGACACAGUUUCAGAUGCGUGAUACCCGGGGACACAGUUUCAGAUGCGUGAUACCCGGGGACACAGUUUCAGAUGUAUGGUACCCGGGAACACAGUUUCAGAUGUAUGGUACCCGGGGACACAGUUUCAGAUGCGUGAUACCCGGGGACGCAGUUUCAGAUGUAUGGUACCCGGGGACACAGUUUCAGAUGUGUGGUACCCAGGAACACAGUUUCAGAUGUAUGGUACCCGGGAACACAGUUUCAGAUGUAUGGUACCCGGGGACCCAGUUUCAGAUGUAUGGUACCCGGGAACACAGUUUCAGAUGUGUGGUACCCGGGAACACAGUUUCAGAUGUAUGGUACCCGGGGACACAGUUUCAGAUGUGUGGUACCCGGGGACACAGUUUCAGAUGUAUGGUACCCGGGGACCCAGUUUCAGAUGUAUGGUACCCGGGGACACAGUUUCAGAUGUGUGGUACCCGGGAACACAGUUUCAGAUGUGUGGUACCCGGGGACACAGGGUACUGUGAUCUGAAAAUGAAUGAGCCUGUUGCCAUUUUGACAGCCUUUGUGUCGUAAUACUAAGAGGCGAAGAACGGCUUCGAAUCGGCAAUUAAGUGCGCCGUCAUCUGGACGACGUGCUGUGCACCCCCAGCUCACUGCAGCGUCCCUCUGCAAGGCCCCUCAAACCCCCUCAGCCCCUGCCCCCCCCACCCCAUCCUUUUUAAAAAUCUUUUCUCUUGUUCCUUUUUUUUUUUGUAAAUACUGUAUAAUGCAUUUUGAUAUCAUUGACAUGUUUUGAUAUGUCAGUCACUACCAAUGACAAUUUAGAAAAACCUAAAUGAGUAUUAAAAAAAAAUACACCGUGUUUUCAUUUAAAGAGGCGAUGUGCUUUAAUUGAACUUUGCAGUGAUCUUGAUUGUGAACGACUCAUCUCAAGGAAGUGACCGUGGUGUAAUCUGGGUAAUUAAAACUUGGAUUUCUGCAUUGGGCUUGUGUAUCGGGUCAGGGUCACGACAGAAGAGCUGAUGUGUGAGUGGUUGAUGCAUUUAGGACAGUGAGGUAAACCGCCUUAUAAUGUGCUUUGUAAUCCUAAUGAGCUGUAGAGUGGAGAAAUAGAGAAUAUGGCCGCCGCCUGACCGUGGCUUCUAUCUGCAUCUUCUUAAUGCACUUUUAUGACCCUGAAUGGCAAUCAUGGCAUUUGAAGAAUGAAGCAUCAGGAAAUGAAAUCAAAUGAAUAAAGGACAUCGUCUCUUUAAAAUCGCAAGGGACCACAUAUUGCUGUCUUUAAUAUGAAGGAUUUUUAUCUAUUUAAAGUGAAACUUUAAAAAGGAAGAAAAGGACCUCAUUUAAAUAAAAAAAAAAAAAAAAAAAACAGGUCUAAUCGUGGAGGGAGCUCGCUCGCCCCUGGAAAUAGUGCUGUACAGAAUGAUGCUCACCCACCUCUCCAGCCCCUUAUGUAUAACGAUACAAUGUUGGCCAUUUCUGUAUUUCUAUUGUGAUGAUGUAUAAUACUGUAACAUUAGCAAGAAUUUUUGAGGCGUUUUGGGAAGGGGUCAAAGGGAGGGGGGUUUAACGGAUCGUCCUGUACUGUUCAUUGUCCUUUCAGACGACACGGCAGUAUUCGAUAUGAAGCAGUCUGUCUCUUGGGUUUGCUUUGUAUUUCAUGGUAGGUUAGUUGAGAUCUUUGUCUUAGGGAAUUAGGUGUCUUGUGUAGUUAAUAAAGUUGUUCCUUGUAUGUUUCUUUAUAUUGUAAAGUUUCUUUAGACUGAAAAAAAAACUUGCUUAACGAGAAAGAUGAAAAAUCUGCAUCAAUAAUAAAUGUACCUUGAUUUUU